CGCGCGCGCCGAUGACGUCACGCUCGGCGUCUCCGCCAUCUUAGCUGUAGAUAGAGGCGGCAACUUCGGAAGUGCGGACCCGGUGCGGCUAUACAGAUGCUGAGGCUCGGAGGCCGUGGGCUUUUGUUGGGCCUGGCUGUAGCCGUAACAGCGGUGAUAGCAGCACGGCUUAUGGGCUGGUGGGGUCCUCGCGCUGGCUUUCGCCUUUUCAUACCGGAGGAGCUGUCUCGCUACCGCGGCGGCCCAGGGGACCCGGGCCUCUACUUGGCGUUGCUCGGCCGCGUCUACGAUGUGUCCUCCGGCCGGAGGCACUACGAGCCUGGGUCCCUCUAUAGCGGCUUCGCAGGCCGAGAUGCAUCCAGAGCAUUUGUGACUGGGGACUAUUCUGAAGCAGGCCUUGUGGAUGAUAUAUCUGAUUUGUCAGCUGCUGAGAUGCUGACACUUCAAAAUUGGCUUUCAUUCUAUGAGAAGAAUUAUGUAUGCGUUGGAAGGGUGAUAGGACGGUUCUACGGAGAGGAUGGGCUGCCUACCCUGGCACUGACCCAGGUAGAAGCUGUGAUCACCAGAGGCUUGGAGGCCAACAAACUAGAACUGCAAGAGAAGCAGACAUUCCCGCCGUGCAACGCGGAGUGGAGCUCAGCCAGGGGCAGCCGGCUCUGGUGCUCCCAGAAGAGUGGAGGUGUGAGCAGAGACUGGAUUGGCGUCCCCAGGAAGCUUUAUAAGCCAGGUGCUAAGGAGCCCCGCUGCGUGUGCGUGAGAACCACCGGCCCCCCUAGUGACCAGAUGCCGGACAACCCUCCACACAGAAAUCGUGGGGACCUGGACCACCCAAACUUGGCGGAGUACACAGGCUGCCCACCGCUAGCCAUCACAUGCUCCUUCCCACUCUAAGUCAUAGCCUUUUCUGUUGAUAACACACAGAGAGCUCUGCCAAGCACCUGAGUAGGCCCUUGACACUUGUGUGCCCUGGGAUGCCCCCUGGCGCGAAUCAGGAGGGUCUGGAAGGACUCUGGCUAUAUUCUGCAAAUGUGACUCAUGUCCCUUACCGUGGCUCGGCGUUGUGGUGCCUGAGGGACAGCCGGCCACCUGCCCAGUACUGGUCAGCUUUUCACCACUAUUCCCUUUGACCUACUGGCCAUCUUCCUCACAGCCCUCAGAUAUCAACAGGCACAAAUAAGACCAACUCAAUUUCCACUUGAAUUUACAACCAAAAGCCUGCCGAGUUGAUUACAGCUGGGCCAACACAGUAAGAGGCAAUAACAAAUUAGCGUGGGUUGAUUCUGGAAUUGGAAAAGCUUUUCCUCGUAUGGAUACACCAAAUCCAGAUGUCUCUGAACAAAGCAACAAUUUAAAGCAACUACAUUUUCUCUCCUUCAAGCACUUAAAAUCAGGUGUGGUGUGUUUUCAAAGGCAGAAGUCUGCAUUUUGAGCAAAAAAGGUGGUUUCCCAGCUUUAACAAGGUAACUGGUUAGCAUGACAUUAAAGUUUGGGCAAGGCUGCAAACUGAAGGUGGCUGGGCUUGCUGCUUGUCCAGUGGUUUGUAUGUCCAGGGUCAUCUGGCAAAUGUCAUACCUGUUACCUCUUGCCUACUUGUUAAGGUAGAUGGGGGCAAGGAGUGUUCCUACUUCAGACAGAGAAGUGGGACCAGCACUACCACAGACAGCACCACGGCCUCUGUGCAUCACCUCAUCAGAGCCUCCACCCAGCUCCCUUUCCUGCUCAGUCUCACCCUCAACAUCCACUAGCUUCCUCCCUCUCUGUCACUGUCUCCUUUUUCUCCAUCAUUCAUUUCACUAAAUCGCUUUCCAGAUUCACAGACUAGAAAAUGGAGGCUGCCUCCCCUUCACUGGCAGACCCAUAUCACUGCCCUGUCCCCUCACUGGCAGACCCGGGCUCAUUGCCCCUAUGGCCACAGCUGUUCCUUACACUUGGGAUCUGGCUCAUGGCUCCUUUUGCCUGCCCCCGCCAUCUUCCUCACCUGCCCCUCUUGUACCUUUAACCUCUCCCCGCCUCCUGGAUCUUCCCCCAGGUAUGCAUCAAACAGCUCACUUCUCUCACAUCAUAAACACUCCCUCAACUCCAGUUUUGGCUUAUACUCACUAGCUUUGCUUUUCAGCCCCAUUUGCUCUAAAAAUCAGGAGAAAUUCUGCAUUGGCACAUCCCGUGGUCACAUCCAUUUCUUACCUAAGCUUUGUCACACUGGACACUGUGGACCGUGGGGUCCUCCAUGAAACCCUCGCUGGGCUUUGUCCUGCUUCCCUUUUUGCCUCUGCCCAUUCCUUCCUAAUUGCCUUGAGAACCCCAUUUUGCCUCCACAAACCCCUUCCCAUUGGUUCCUCUUACUCCAAAUCCGGCAGUUACUUAGACUGUCAAACCUGCACCUCUACUCCAGGCAGCUUUCCCGAGCAUUUCCUCUUCCUUCCCAUGCUGCUUCUAGUUCUCCAAGUGAAUGGCACCACCAGCGACACGCAGAGUCAGAAUCCGAGCAGCAGUCCACACUCCAUCCUCCCUUCCCUCCUCCUAACCCGCCUGCAGGUCCUGGGAGCUCUGCCUCCCUAAUUCUUUCCUUUCCCUUCCCUCUUAUCUGUCCCUAGUACUCUUCCUCUGGCCUAGGCUGUCAUCUCUCACUUGGAUUACUGAAGGAUCCUGACUGUACUCCCUCCCUCCAGUCCCUCAAUCCCUCCUCCACACUGCUGGGAGCUGUCUUUCUUUUUUCCUUUUCUUUUUUUUUUUGAGAUGGAGUCUUGCUCUUUUGCCCAGGCUGGAGUGCAGUGGCGCGAUCUCAGCUCACUGCAACCUCAGUGGCACGAUCUCGGCUCACUGCAACCUCCACUUCCUGGGUUCAAGCAAUUCUUCUGCCUCAGCCUCCCAAGUAGCUGGGAUUACAGGCACGUGCCACUAUACCCAGCUAAUUUUUGUAUUCUUAGUAGAGAUGGGGUUUCACUGUGUUGGUCAGGCUGGUCUCUAAAUCCUGACCUUGUGAUCCGCCCACUUUGUCCUCCCAAAGUGCCAGGAUUGCAUGCGUGAGCCACCGUGCCUGGCCAAGCUGUCUUUCUUAAAGAUGAUCAAGGAUCCCCCAUUUAAGCCUCCUCAGGGGCUCCCCUUAUCUAUAAGGACUGAGUGCCAGCUCCUCUGCUGUGUGCCACACGAGGCCCUUCUGUGGCCUCUCUCCUCUUAGGCCUGUACCUUUCCCAUCUCCUCCCAUGUGCACCUCCUGUCCAGCCUCCCUCUCACUGCAUUACGUCUGCAGUGCGUUCACACAAGCUGUUUCUUUUUCCUGGAAUGACACGUCUUCCUCCGUUGAAUUAAUCCACCCCGUAUUGCUUCAAUAUUCAGCUCAAUCAGGCCCCUCUUGGGAGCCUUCAUUAACUGUUGGGCCAGCAGUGAGCUAUAGAGGCACUUUCCCUGUUCCCAUGGCACUGUGCUCAUACCACAGUGGGCUCUUACCAUGAACUUCCUUUCAGCCUCUUGCACUGGACCUCAGACACUCUGAGGACAGAGCCUCAGUGUAAUUCAGCUCCAUACCCCUAUAUCCACAUGACUCAGCACCAUACCCCUAUAUCCACAUGACUCAGUGCCAUACCCCUAUAAUCCACAUGACUCAGUGCCAUACCCCUAUAAUCCACAUGACUCAGUGCCAUACCCCUAUAAUCCACAUGACUCAGCGUUGUACCCCUAUAGCUACAUGACUCAGAGCCCUACCCCCAUAUCCACAUGACUCAGCGCCGUACCCCUAUAUCCACGACUCGGUGCCAUACUCCUAUAUUCACAUGACUCAGCUCCGUACCCUUAUAAUCCACUUUACUCAGCUCCAUACCCCUAUAUCCACGUGACUCAGCACCGUGCCCCUAUAAUCCACUUUACUCAGCGCUGUAUCCCAUAUCACCGUGCCUAGCAUGUGGGAAGUUCGUGCAGAGUUGUUUCUUUUUUAUUUUUUGAGACAGGGUCUUACUCUGUUGCCCAGGCUGGGGUGCAGUGGCGUGAUCAUAGCUCACUGCAGCCUUGACCUCCCAGGCUCAAAAAGAUUCUCCCACUUCAGCCUCCCGAGUAGCUGGGACUAUGGGCACGUACCAGCAUGCCCGGCUAGUUUUUUAUUUUUGCAGAAAUGGGGUUUCACCUUGUUGCCCAGCCUGGUCUCAAACUCCUGGGCUCAAGCAAUCUGCCCACCUCGGCCUCCCAAAGUGCUGGGAUUACAGGCAUGAGCCACCGCACUUUUUGGAGAUAAGGCAACAAAGGCACAUAGAACUUAAGUCACUGAGCAUGGAGCUAAGCCUAGAACUCAAAGCUCUGGAUGCCUGAUUCGGUGCCGUUUUCACUCCUCCAAAUUUCUGUAUGUCUCUGCCCUCCCUGGGGCAGGACCAGGAGCAGACAGAAGGGAGAAGAGCUGAAAUUAGGAUUUUCUUCUGAGUUCUAGGCAGUCCCUGAGCUCAGUGCUGAGACUUCUCUAUUAACCAGAAACAGCCCCCAACUCCAGGCUAACUGGAAACUAGUUACUGCCCCUGAUUUAGUCCUCCUUAGUCAUUCAGCAAAUAACUUACCAAGCAUCUACUAUGUGCCAGGCAUCACGUUAGGGUUGGUGGGUGGAGGAAGCAAGGCUUCUGACCUCAGGGGGCUUAUAGUAUGGUGGAAUAAACCCAGUAGAGCAGCCAGAGGCUGUCCUUGCCGUAGGAAUGCAGGGAGUGUGAGGGCCAGGUCCUGAGAUGUUCUGAUCCUUCAAAAAACAAACAAAAAGGAGCAUUAGUCAUUCCAGCCAGCUGCGGGCUCUGGCCGUGCCUAGAGGGUACCUCAUCUCUGGCUGAUGCAAGACCCCUGCGCGCAGGCCCCAGGACAGACUUGGCUGGCUUCAGGAGCCUGCUCAGUUCCUGGCUCAGUUGAGAAUUCAUUUCCUUUUUGAUACUUACCUUAUGGUACUUACCUUCCUACCUAAUCUGGUAACACAUCUCUCAUGUCAGGGCAAAGGAUUCAGCAAAGAAUUAGAUUCAGCAAGAAUAGGUUGUCAUUUUAAUGGCCUGAAGGGCUGAGCCAUGAGAAGCUGGUAAUUACUGGAGAAACACCUGGCCUUUCCCUCUCCAGUCCAGGUGGCCCUGAGCAAAACCGUGGGGGAGGAAGGGCAAAGCCCUGAUGGAAGCCACAGAGAAGCUCAGCUUAGGCUGACCAUGCAGUUAGACUUGCUGGCAGAAGGGAAGGAGAAAACAUACAUAUUGGGCAACUAUGCUGGGCCAGGCCUUGUUCUCAUUUAAUCUCUAUGUCUGCCUUGAGAAGUUCCCAUUUUAUGGCCCAGAAAAGGGGCAUAAAUAUCUCCCCCUCUUCUAAUAGUUACAUCUACCGUCGGAUGACAGAGCUGGGCUUUGUGAUGCGAGUCUGAUCUCUGCCACACCAGUGAGCACAGGGUCAAGGCAAAGCCUUUGCAGCUGCACUCCACUCCAACAUUGUGAAGGAGGCCGGGUGCUUAUAAUCCCAGCACUUUGGGAGCCCAAGGUGGGCGGAUCUCUUGAAGCCAGGAGUUCGAUGGAGACCAGCCUGGCCAACAUGGUGAAACCCCAUCUCUACUAAAAUACAAAAAUUAGCUGGGAGUGGUGGUGCGCACCUGCAGUCCUAGCUACUGGGGAAGUGGAGGCUGCAGUGAGCCGAGAUCACACCACUGCCCUCCAGCCUGGGCGACAGAGUGAGACUCUGUCCCAAAACAAACAAAACCGAAAAAUAGUCAUCUUGAAGGAAGUUUCAACAUUUGCCUUUUCAUUCUGAGAUUACAGUUUUCUAUAAACAUCUAAGAGUGAAGAGUCUGAGGUUUUUUGGUCACAGCUGAGCCACUGCGUGACCCCCGCCCCGCCCCACACUCACCUUGCUCUAGGCAAAGCUGUGCUCUGAAAGCUGGCCCCAGUGGGCAGGUUAGGACUGUGCCUGCUCAGAAGUCUGUGGGUGCCCCUCAGAGAAGAGCAACGACCCCAGGCUGGACCCUACCCUUGAGAGUACUUGCUACUGCCAGAGCCCCCGGAUUUCUUCUGGUGGCAGCAGAUACUGCCAGAAGAGCCUGCGGUGCACACACCAGAAUCUGGGUACUUGGAUGAGAAGGACACAUUACUGAUCACCUUCCUCCAGGCAACCCUGUAAGUUAAGGACUACAGUCCGCCCCCAUUAUGUAGAUAGGGAAACAGAGACAAAGAAGUUAGGAAACUCGCCCAGAACUCUCAGCUAAUGAAUGAAAAAGCAGAACUAAAACCCAGUGCUCUCCCUGGCUGGGCAAACGUGCAGAAGUUGAUAAACCCAGUGCUUUCUGUGGCUGGGCAAACGUGUGGAAGUUGAUGUGCCUGGUUACUCUUUGUGCUUCGCUUAUCAUAACCAGUGACAGUGUGGUUAGCACUGUUCGCCUCAAGGGUAGCUGUGAGGAUUACUUGGGAUUGUCAUGUGGAAACACUUAACAGUGCAUAUUAACUAUGAGAAAAGCCACUGGAGAAUGAGCUUGAUGAGCUCUAUCACCACAGCUAGUCUGACCUAGGGGUAGGCAAAAUGGAAGACAGGAAAAAGGGAAUACAUUAGCUCAGGAAAGCGUUGAGGGCCACGUGAGCUGCUUGAUUGGUAACGAUUUGUACAGGGGCUUUAUGGAUCACUAGAUUUUAAUUUGCAAGCCCUGAAACCGUCCUUAGUAUUCUCUGAAGCCCACAGUGCCAGUCGCCCUUCACGCCUUGGCCAGCAGAAAGCUCAUUCGUGAGUGGAUCCUCUUGAGAACUUCAGAGGGGUCAGGUGACGGUGACGGUGACUGAGACUGCCUCACUGAUCCCGCUCAGUGCCAUGAGCUGAAAUCUGGGCUAAGAGCACAGUAAGUUCAGGCAGCUACUAUGUUUAAAAUAACUUUUUGGGAGCUAAGCCAUGAGGACGUAAAGGCAUAAGAAUGAUACAAUGGACUUUGGGGACUCAGGGGAAAGGGUUGGGGUGAGGGAUAAAAGGGUCCAGUGUACACUGCUUGGGUGAUGGGUGCCCCAAAAUCCCGGAAAUCACCACUAAAGAACUUUAUGUAACCAAACACCACCUGAACCCCAAAAACCUACUGAAACUUUUUAAAAUUAAUUAAAAAUAAAUAAUACAUAAAAUAGCUACUUUUACCGCUGUCAACAGCAUGUUCCUGAAAAAUGUUGGAAUUCAAACUUUCCUGGAGGGCAGCUGGUCAAGAAAUUUAUUCACAUGUCAGGAGUUUUCUAAAAUUUGCUUUUAAUGCUUAUUGGUAUUUCUGUAUUAGAAGUAACUACAAAUGUCUUAUUAAAGUUUCCACUUUAAAUGCACAA